AUGACGCGUGCCCAGCAGACCAUCUCCAUCGCCCUCCUGGCAACCUCUCUCUAUCUUGCUCUGUACCUCGAACUCGUGCCCCUCCCGCCCGUCAUCCAGACCGAGAUCGUCCCCGUGCUUCCCUUCUGGUUCCUCGUCUCCUUCGGCGCGUACCUCCUCUCCCGCCUCGGCUGGGGCAUCCUGACCUUCAACGACAUGCCCGAGGCGCACAAGGAGCUCAUGGUCGAGAUCGAGCAGGCCAAGAAGGAGCUGCGGACGCUAGGCGUCACCGUCGACUAA